AUGGCCACCUGCUGCGGCACUGCCAGGCGUCUCUCGGACCUGCUCCAGGAGCAGCAGGAGCCCUUCCUCCUCCACCACCUCCUCCUCCAAGACCACGACGACAGCGCCACGCCGGCCCGCCCGCCCGCCGCCGAGAGGAGGAGCCUGCUGAGCGGGAGCACGGCCACCGUCACCAAGCUGGCUCUGCGCUGGGCGGACGACCUCCUCGCCGGCUGCUUCCCGUGCGCUGCCACGCGCCAGAGGUUCCGCCGCCUGCCGCGCGCCGACAGAGUCGGAGAUGUCGUCGCUCCCGCCGACUGCCACGACGGCGCCGGAGACUGCGGGAGGCAGCUCAGCCCCGUGUCCGUCCUGGACCUGCACUCCGACGACGAUUCAUCGCCCGUGCCCAGCCACCGGGAUGAGCACAGCGACGUCGAUGGCAAUCGCAAGCCGUCGACCUCAGGGACAGGGACCUCGCCGUCGCCGCCAUCCAUCCACGACCUCGACCUCCCUGGCAAGACUCCCGCAAUGGAGGUGGAGAGGUUUCAGAGGAAGAGCGUCGCGUCUGCCUGGGACUGCGAGUGGGAGAGCGUGGCAGCGGACAUCUCCCGCAUCCCGAGCCUGGUGGAGCUCGACUUGUCCGCGUCGCCGCUGGACGACUGGCGCCGCCUCGUCGUCGUCGGCGGGGAAGAGGAGGCCCGGCAGGUGGCGCAGAGCAUCGAGGCUAUGAUCUUCGAGGAGGUCAGGUGGGAGGCCGUCCGUGACAUGCUCUGCUCGCCACAACACUGA